AUGCCUUCCACAACACCUGCAUCUACGGCUUGCGUCGAGGUCUUCCCCUCGUCCAAAUGCCAACGCGCCCCGUCGCUAUUUUCUGCUGUCUUCAGCCCCAGCACAUGGCUUUCGACCUUUGCCCGGACAUCCAUCCUCUCUGUCCUUGACGGCGCGAUAAACAUCGGCCACCUCACAAUCUCCGAUUCCGAAGGGGUGCACUGUUAUGGGACACGCCAUAAAGGUUGCAAUGACGUCUACAUAAAAGUCGUGAAUGACUACUUCUGGACUCGACUCUUACUAUCUGGAGAUCUAGGCUUUAGCGAAGCGUACAUGAUUGGCGAUAUCCAGGUUGACGACCUCAAGGGCGCCAUGAAGCUAUGGCUCGAAAACCAAGCAGGCAUGGAGGAGACUCUGUCCUCAACGCUUGCUCGAGUCUCUUCAACGCUCACCGGACUUUACAACGGCAUACUGGGCCAGACUCAGUCGCAAGCUCGCCUAAACGUUAUUGCUAGCUACGAUCAAUCAAACGAGCUGUUCAAGGCGUUCUUAUCCAAAGAAAUGAUGUAUUCUUGUGCUUUGUGGGGCGAAGCCGAGAAUGGUGUUAGAGGCGACUUGGAGUUCGGCCCAACUCCAGGGGAUCUAGAAGCUGCGCAACGUCGUAAAAUCCACCAUGUUCUUCGUCAAGCUCGGGUACAACCCGGGCAUCGCAUUUUGGAAUUCGGGAGCGGAUGGGGAGGUCUUGCCAUUGAGGCUGCCCGCACCUUCGGAUGUGAGGUUGAUACCCUUACGCUUUCGAUCCAGCAGAAGACGUUGGCGGAGGAGCGAAUUCGGGAAGCAGGGCUCGAGGGCCGCAUCCGUGUGCACCUUCUGGACUAUCGAGAAAUACCCGCCGAGUUCGAGAAGGCCUUUGAUGCUUUCGUCUCCAUUGAAAUGCUUGAACACGUUGGCUCCAAAUACUACAACACGUAUUUCAAGCUUGUGGACUUUGCUCUCAAGUCGAAAAACGCCACCGUCGUGGUCAGCGCUUCUACUUUCCCUGAAUCGCGAUUCUCGAGUUAUCAAGCGGAAGAUUUCAUGCGUCGCUAUAUGUGGCCCAACUCGUGUCUGCCGAGUGCAACAGCCUUGAUAACCGCUGCGCAAGCCGGUUCUCAGGGAAGAUUCACUUUGGAGUCUGUUGAGAACCACGCCGCUCACUAUCCACGCACUCUUCGUGAAUGGGGACGCCGCCUGGAAGCAAACUUGACACAAGAUCUUGUUGUCAAAGAUUACCCAUCGCUUCGAGAGAAGGCCGACUAUGAGGCGUUCACGAGAAAAUGGCAAUAUCUAUUCGCCUACGCUGGUGCCGGCUUCGCAAAGGGAUACAUAACCUGCCAUAUGCUCACAUGGAUACGUGAGAAUGAUACGCCAGAGCUAUGUGAUUAG